AAGUCAAAAACAUGAAAACGACAAAUUCUCUUCUCUUCAGUGGAGGCAUUCGCGCCCUUUUGCCUUCCCCUUCCCCUUCCCCUUCCUUUUGCUCUGACUGCUCUCUACCAAACUGAUUCUUAUCUCAACAAAUAAUUGAAGAUUAUAUCUUCCAAAGCCCAAUAAUAACCUUAUCCUUGUAAUCUUCGGGAGGUUUUGAAUUGAAUCGAGUAAGGGAAUAGGAAGCAAGCAACCAGAAAGGUCACAGUGCUUGAAUUUAUCUGCAACUCUUUACAGAUGAGGGACCGUUCACCUAUUGCUAGAAGGACUCGUAAUAGGGAGGAUCAGAGGAUCCAAAAAUUAUAUGAAGAGAUGAAGAAAAAGAAUACACCUGGGUUUGGUAGAUCAUGUGAAAAAGAUGAUGUAAGUGUGAAUUUUGGGUCUAAGGAUGAUAGUGUAGAGACUAUAGAUUUGGGUAUUUACGAUACUGUAGAGAAGAGCAAUGCGGGUACUUCUAGUAAUGUGGGUACGUCUUGUUGUGAAUCUGAUGAGAUAGGUAGUGAUUAUGAUCAUAUAUCUAUUUCAGAUGGUGAUUAUGAUCCUAUAUCUAUUUCAGAUGGUGAAGUUGAAGAAACUGGUGGUGAAGUUAAAGAAACUGGUGGUGCAGUUAAAGAAACUGGUGGUGAAGUUGAGAUAGAUAGUGAUGGAGUUAUAUGUAUUUCAGAUGAAGUUAAAGAAACUGAUAUAUCUUCUAAUGGAGAGGAUACUGAUGACCCAGAAUAUGAGAAUGUUGAAGAAGAGAAAUCUGAUACUUCUGGUGAUGUUGAGGGUUCAAGUAGCGAGAGCAAAGAAGAGGAUACCUGGGUUCCAGGGAGGGAAAUUGGGAAAAAGGGUAAAGGAGAAAUCGAUGGUGGUGGAAAGGUUAAUUGUGUUGCGAAACGUACACGGGCAAGAGGUAUUUCAGAAUCCAAUAAGAAGAGAAUUAAGCCUGGAACUAUUGAACAACCUGUUUGUGUUGACAAGGAGGAUGUUGAGGACAGCAAUGACAGUGGUGAUGCUGCUGUCAAUUGUGAUGACAGUGGUGAUGAUGUUGAGAUUGCAAAUGAUGAAACUUAUGCACCUAAAGAUGGGAAUGAUGAUAAUGAGCAUGUGCAGGAGUUGUGUGGGGGGCAGUCCACAAGGAAGAGAAUCCGUGCGUAUGAAGAUAAUGAAGUUUUUGAUAUUCUUGCAAACUCCAUAUUUGAUAAGGAUGAAUUGCCUUGUGAAGAAAUGGUUGAGCAAGUCAUUGUUGAGCCGACUCUUCCACUAAAAUUCACAUUUGGAAUUGAAGAAUCGGCACCAGUGGAUAUAUCUGAAGAAGAUAAGGAAUUAGAGAAGCUUUGGGCUGAGAUGGGCCUUGCUCUUUGUGCUAAUGAUGGAGUUGAUGAUGCACCGGUGGCCAAAGAUGAGGUUGAUGUUGCACCUGAUGCUGAACUUGAUCCAGCUGUCCUUUGCAGUCAAGGGAAGCAUUUCUUUAUCCUUGAUGAAGAGAUUGGAAUCAAAUGCAAAUUUUGCUCUCUUGUAAAUCUGGAGAUAAGAUAUUAUACAGCACCUUUUGAUAGACGUCCUUUGCAGUAUUCAGAAAGGAGGGACUAUUAUGAAGAGCAACCUAACAUCUUUGACAAGCUUUGCAAUCAGGACUCCGGUCAUGAUUCACAGGCUGGCUGUGGGUCCUGCAAUCAUAUGCAGGGCACAGUGUGGAACAUCAUUCCCGGUAUUGGAAAGGACCUGCAUGCACAUCAACGUGAAGGUUUUGAAUUUCUAUGGAAGAACAUAGGUGGUGGAAUUCACCUUGAUAAGUUGAAAGAGCCAGGCAGCUCUGAUGGUGAGACUGGAUGUAUAAUAUCACAUGCUCCUGGGACAGGGAAAACCCGUCUGGCUAUAGUCUUUCUUCAGACAUAUAUGAAGUUUUAUCCAAAGUGCAGACCAUUAAUUAUUGCCCCUUGCAGCAUGCUGCUUUCCUGGGAAGCAGAAUUCAAGAAGUGGAAAGUUGACAUUCCCUUUCACAAUCUGAACCAGUCCAAGUACUCUGGCAAGGAAAAUCCGGCCGCCAUAAAGCUAGCUAAAUCAGUGCACAAUAAUUUAAACUAUAUCCGCAUGGUGAAGUUAUAUUCCUGGAAAAGUGAAAGGAGUGUCCUCGGCAUCAGUUAUAAACUUUUUGAAGAACUUGUUGGAGAAGAAAAGAAGAGAAGUAAGGGGAAAAGGAAGCAUGAAGAUGAUGUGGUGCGAAAAGUUCUUCUUGGGCUUCCCGGUCUUUUAGUCCUCGAUGAAGGACAUACGGCCCGAAAUGAACAGAGUCUUAUAUGGCAGGCUCUAUCUAAAGUCCAAACAGAAAAGCGCAUUAUUCUCUCAGGAACACCUUUUCAGAAUAAUUUUGCUGAGCUUUUUAAUAUACUAAUCUUGGUGAGACCUAAAUUUGCUGUUCGGAUAUCAUGCAACAAACGACGAAAAAGGCGUGGUCGAAUGCAGGGUGCAAGACGGGAUUGGGCUUCUCUAACAAGUUCAAUUGGCAAAGUUAGAGAUGAUGCUGAGCGAUUGGCAGAGGUUAGAGCAAUAAUUGGACCUAUGGUGCAUGUACAUAGGGGUAACAUUCUACAGCAGAGACUUCCUGGUUUGGUAGAUUCUGUAGUUAUCUUGAAGCCAGUCCAUUUGCAGGAAAUACUCCUUGAUAAAGUUCAAAAAGCAGGGGGCACAAAUUUUAAUUUGGAAUAUUUGGUGUCUGUGGUUUCUGUGCAUCCAUCUCUGAUGCGUGAGCAAUCAAUCAACAUCGAAGAGCCUUUUGCAUGGGAUAAAUUGAAAAGACAUCGGUUGAAUCCUGAGUUUGGAGUCAAAACAAGAUUCCUGGUUGAGCUUAUCCGUCUUAGUAAUGCAAUGCAUGAAAAGGUUUUGGUGUUCAGUCAGUAUCUCGCUCCCUUGAAAUUGAUAGGGAAGCAACUCAAAUAUCGUUUCAAAUGGAGGAAAGAUACGGAAAUAUUGCAUAUGCAUGGCAGAGUUGAUACUGACAAGCGCCAAUCAUUGAUCAAGAAUUUCAACAACAGAAACAGUGAUUCAAAAGUGAUGCUUGCAUCGACAAAGGCUUGUUCCGAAGGAAUAAAUCUUGUUGGUGCUUCAAGGGUUGUUUUGCUCGAUGUUGUAUGGAAUCCAUCAGUUGAAAGGCAAGCAAUAAGCCGUGCAUAUAGGCUUGGACAGGAGAAAGUUGUUCACAUCUAUCAUCUGAUAACGUCUGGAACGAUGGAAGAAGAAAAAUACUGCCGGCAGGCAGAAAAGGACCGGUUAUCAGAGUUGGUUUUCCAUUCGUCCGGAACUGAGCAUGGUUUGAAACGAAAUUUAUCAAAUAUGCAUGAAGCUCAGCAUGAUAAACUGUUGGACCAGAUGGUUGGGCAAGAAAAUCUAAAAGACAUAUUCAAGAAGAUAAUCUACCAACCAAAAGAGUCGAAUUUGGUUGAUUCAUUUGGUUUGGCCAAUUUGUAGCCAACAUUAUGGUGAAAUUCUUUUUGUCACGAUAUUUUGAUAUCUUAGAAACUGAAAUACUUAAAAUUUUUUUGGUCUAAAAGUUACAGUGGCUUCUAAAAGUGUGGCCAAUACUCGUGUAUAUGCAAAUCAGUAUACUAUGAAAUAUACUGCACUUUAUCUUCGCUCAA